AUGAUCCCAUCGACAAUCUCCAUCAAGGUCGAGUUUGGUGGCGGGCUCGAACUGCUUUUCUCGAAUCAGCGCACGCACCGCGUUACGCUCCCCGCGCGGAUACCCGAGUCCAGGACUGAUGAAGAGAAUGAGAAGGCCGAGGAACAACGGCAGGAGACAGCAGAAGGGAGGCCUAUAGACAUUGAAUACCUUAUUCUGUGGCUACGUGAUAACCUGCUGAAGGAGCGAGCGGAGCUAUUCGUGGAGAACGGGACUGUGCGGCCAGGAAUUCUUGUCCUCGUAAAUGAUACCGAUUGGGAGCUGGAGGGCGAAGGACAAUAUCAACUGAAGGAUGGCGAUGAGAUCGUUUUCAUCUCGACGCUACACGGUGGAUAG